AUGUCCAAGCAAUACCUCACCACGCACACCGUGGACAAUGCACACGUUACCGAUAUCUUCUCUCUAGCUGCGACACCGACCGCUCUGCUCUCGGCGUCGGGGUCCUCGACCCUCCACGUCCACUCGGCGAAGGACCAGACCUUCCCUCUCAUACAGUCCCUGAACAAUGCGCACAAGCUGGGCUGCCACCACAUUGCCGUCUCGCGAAACGGCAGGAUAGCCGCCUCGGCCGGCUUUGGCGGCGAGGUCAAGAUAUGGAAGCUGUCGGCCUCGGGGUCGGGGGAUUGGGAGCUGCACGGUGAGCUCGACACGUCGAGCGGCAGUGCCAGCAAGCGAGCAGGCGAGGUCUGGGCCGUAGCCCUGAGCGAGGACGGCGCAUUCCUCGCCGCCACUUCGUACGACGGCCGCAUCAACGUCUGGGGCCUGGAGACGCCCGAGGGCAAGAAGAUCCAAGAAUACGAGACGGGAAGCGCCGGCUCCGGCAGCUUUGGGCUGUGCGUGGACCUGAGCCCGGACGGCAAGUGGACGGCUUCGGGUCACCAGAGUGGUGCUGUCUAUGUGUUCAACAACGCCACCGGCAAGCUUCAAUACUCACUUCCGGGUCUCGUCAAGCCUGUUCGCACGGUGGCUUUCUCGCCAGCCGGCACUCGUCUGGCGGCUGCGGGCGAUGCGAGUCUGAUCGCGCUCUACGACAUGAAGUUUGGCGAGCACGUGGGCAACCUCACAGGCCACGCUGCGUGGAUCACAUCCGUGGACUGGAGCGACACGGGCGAGUAUCUGCUGAGCGGUGCUUUCGACGGUAAAGUCAAGGUGUGGUCGAUCGACCGCGCGGCAUGUGUGGCCACACAUAGUGAGACGGACAAGGCAUUGUGGAGCGUCAAGUGGCUGCCCAAGACAGGCAAGAACGAGAUGUUCGUCACGGCUGGGGCAAAUCGUAGUUUGACCUUCUAUCGCGAGGCUACUGGAAUAUAA